UACUUAAACAAUUCAUUUGCGUCACACAAAUCCUCUCAAACCCUAAUCAUUUCAGUCACACAACUUAAUUCAGAGGGUUUUCAUCAUUAUUAGAAAAUAAACAUUAUAAAGGCCAUACCCGUUAGGAACAAAAUGCGUCCAAAAAUACCAAAGACAAAGGUAGCGUAGAAUCUUCCACUCUUCAGUUAUAUUAUAACUCGUUUAUUCCAGAACCAAGUUUCCACCUUAACGUAGACUCUGAAAAUUCAUCGAAAGAAAAAUGAAAAAUCUCCAUAAACAUUGCUUUUCAAACAACAUUAUCAACAGAGAGUUAGGCUUCUUUCAUCCCUCCUCUUUCACUCAUCACUUUUACGCUUCUCAGGUUCUUGUACAGAACUUGAAUUUGUAUGCAAAACUAGAGGGUCAUGAAGGAUGUGUUAAUGCAGUGGAGUUUAACUCCACUGGUGAUGUUAUUGUUUCUGGUUCUGAUGAUAGACAGGUUGUAUUUUGGAAUUGGGAAUCCAAAAGUAAACUGUUUGAUUAUCAUUCUGGUCAUGAAGAGAAUGUUUUUCAGACUAAGAUUAUGCCGUUUAGUGAUGAUAGUCGGAUUGUGACCUCGGCGGGUGAUGGUCAGGUAAGGCUUGGCCUUCUCCAGGAGGAUGGUAGAGUUAUCACUACAAUGUUGGGGAAGCACGAUGGUUCUGUAUACAAGCUUGCCGUGGAGCCAGGAAGUCCCCACAUAUUUUAUAGUUGUGGUGAAGAUGGAUUUAUUCAACAUUUUGAUUUGCGAAGUAGUUCAGCUACAAAACUUUUCUGUUGUUCCUCGACCGUAGGGAACAAAAAACAGCCUCCAAGAAAAAUAGGGUUGAACUCCAUUGUGAUUGACUCUAGAAUUCCAUAUUACUUUGCGGUAGGUGGAUCAGAUGAAUAUGCACGUGUUUAUGACAUAAGAAAAUGCCGGUGGGAUGCUGCAAAAGAUUCAGACCAUCCUGUUAACACGUUUUGCCCUCGUCACCUAAUCGGGUCAAGUAAUGUCCAUAUCACAGGAUUGGCCUACUCAAAGUCAAGUGAACUCCUUGUCUCUUAUAACGACGAGCUCAUCUAUCUGUUUGAGAAGAAUGCAGGCUUCGAUUCUUUGCCUUCAUCUGCUGCAUAUGAAGAUCCAAAGAAUCUUCAAGAGACACGAGUUUACUCGGGCCAUAGAAAUGCACAGACAGUUAAAGGAGUGAAUUUUUUCGGCCCUAAUGAUGAGUAUGUGUUGAGUGGCUCAGAUUGUGGCCAUAUAUUCAUCUGGAAGAAGAAAGAUGCUAAGCUGGUGAGACUAAUGGUUGGUGAUCAACAUGUCGUAAACCAACUUGAGCCCCAUCCUCACAUACCCUUUCUAGCUACUUGCGGCAUAGAAAAAAAUGUGAAAAUAUGGGCGCCUAUAGGGAGUGAUACUCCUCCACUUCCUUCAAACGCGAAAGAGGUAAUUGAGGCAAACAGAAAGGGAAGGGAAUAUCGGUCACGGGUCACUCUUACUCCUGAUGUUAUGAUGCACGUUCUUCGUCUGCAGAGGCGGCAGACAUUGGCGUACAUUGAAAGAACACAUAAUAGCGCGGAUAUUGUGAGUGACGACGAAGAUGAAGAAAAGUAUCUUUUAGGAUUGUUAGAGGGCGAUCUAUCUUCUGAAGAGGAUUCUUCUGCAAAUUCCAGGGAUUGCAACAUUAGCUAAAGCUUAAAGAAACAGUUUUUGUUUCUGUUCACCGACUAAUUCCUUAGAAAAUGCUGUUAGCCUCAUUGUUUUUAACCAUCAAAUACUAUGUGCUAACAAACAUCUUUAGCGAAUAGAUUGGUAUGCAAUAUAAAGUCUAGAUUGUUCCGAAUGAAGUUUGAAGUCCUGGUCAAUUUUAGGCAAAUUCAGAUACUAUGUAUAGAGCCAAAAAAUAAAUAAAACAAGUGUAUAUUUGAUGUAUGCGAAUAAUAUCCCUCUCAAUGUGAAUAAUCUUUGUUUGUCCUCUGAGGUAA